CCGCCGCCGCCGCCGCCCCCAGCGCGGCUCCCCCGCAGGAGCCGGGCCUGGGCUCGCGGGCGGAGCGGGCUGCGGCGCCGCGCUGCGCCCUGCCUCGGGGGUGCCGGCCGCCCGGGCCGUCGGCGGGGCCGGCCCCGCAUGGCGCCGGCUCGGCCGGGGCGCUUCCUACCGAGUGCGGCCGCCGCGGCCCAGGGCAGGCCCCGGUGCGAGCGCGGCGCCGCUGGGCCGGCGGUGGAGCUGCUCCCGCGGCGCCACACGCGCCCGGGCCUCGGGAAAAGUUCGGGUCUUCCAGGAGGCCUCGGAAUUUAAACCGCAGCCAACCGAGAGGGAAAAAGAUAGUGAGCCAAAGCAUAAUCCAGACCAAGAUGCUGACUCUUAUUUAAUGAAGCUGCAAGACAGGCACGAGAGCUGCCGAAGAAAAGUCCAGGGUGAAGAAGAGACAAGAAGCUGCAACAAGGUCUCCCGCGAUCUAGCAAAACACAAUGCCCGGAAGCUUUUGGAAGGCAGUGACAGUGGCUGUGGUGGGAAUGAGAUCCCGAAACCAAGGAGGUGAAAGUUCAUCUAAUGGGCAUAUCUCCUGCCCCAAGUCCUCCAUCAUCAGCAAUGCUGGUGAUAAAAGCCUCUCAGAAGAUGCAAAAAAGAAGAACAAAUCAAAUAAGAAGGAGGAGGAUGUCACGGCCUCAGGAACUGUCAAACGACAUCUAAAAACUUCUGGGGAAAGUGAACGGAAGACUAAGAAAUCCCUGGAGUUAUCCAAGGAAGACCUCGUCCGGCUGCUCAGUAUAAUGGAAGGGGAGCUGCAGGCCAGAGAAGAUGUGAUCCAUAUGCUGAAGACGGAGAGAACCAAGCCGGAGGUGCUGGAGGCUCAUUACGGGUCUGCGGAGCCGGAGAAAGUGCUUCGAAUCCUGCACCGAGAUGCCAUCCUUGCCCAAGAGAAGUCCAUAGGAGAAGAUGUCUACGAGAAACCCAUUUCAGAGCUGGACAGACUUGAGGAAAAACAGAAGGAAACCUACCGGCGCAUGCUGGAGCAGCUGCUGCUGGCGGAGAAGUGUCAUAGGCGCACCGUGUACGAGCUGGAGACUGAGAAGCACAAGCACACGGACUACAUGAGCAAGAGCGAUGACUUCACCAACCUGCUGGAGCAGGAGCGGGAGAGGUUGAAAAAGCUCCUUGAACAAGAGAAGGCCUAUCAAGCCCGAAAGGAAAAGGAAAAUGCGAAACGGCUCAAUAAACUAAGAGACGAGCUUGUCAAACUCAAGUCCUUUGCCCUCAUGCUGGUGGAUGAAAGGCAGAUGCACAUUGAGCAGCUUGGCCUGCAAAGCCAGAAAGUGCAGGAUCUUACUCAGAAACUGCGGGAAGAGGAAGAAAAGCUCCGAGCCAUCACCUCCAAAUCCAAAGAAGACAGACAGAAAUUGCUCAAGUUAGAAGUGGACUUUGAACACAAGGCUUCACGGUUUUCUCAAGAGCAUGAAGAGAUGAACGCUAAAUUAGCCAAUCAGGAGUCUCACAACAGGCAACUUCGACUCAAGCUGGUUGGCUUAACUCAAAGAAUCGAGGAGCUAGAAGAGACCAACAGAAACCUUCAAAAGGCCGAGGAAGAACUGCAGGAAUUGAGAGAUAAGAUUGCCAAAGGGGAAUGUGGAAACUCCAGCCUUAUGGCCGAGGUGGAAAAUCUCCGGAAGCGCGUGCUGGAAAUGGAGGGGAAAGACGAGGAAAUCACUAAAACAGAAUCUCAGUGCAGGGAAUUGAGAAAGAGGCUGCAGGAGGAAGAACACCACAGCAAGGAGCUCAAACUCGAAGUGGAGAAGCUACAGAAGAGAAUGUCCGAACUGGAGAAACUGGAGGAAGCAUUUAGCAAGAGUAAGUCGGAAUGCACCCAGCUACAUUUAAAUCUGGAGAAAGAAAAGAACUUAACCAAAGAUCUGCUAAAUGAAUUGGAAGUGGUCAAGAGUCGAGUUAAAGAACUGGAGUGUUCUGAAAGUAGAUUGGAAAAGGCUGAAUUAAGCCUAAAAGAUGAUCUCACGAAGCUGAAGUCAUUUACUGUGAUGCUGGUUGAUGAAAGGAAAAACAUGAUGGAGAAAAUAAAGCAGGAAGAAAGAAAAGUGGACGGACUGAAUAAAAAUUUUAAGGUGGAACAAGGGAAGGUUAUGGAUGUAACUGAAAAACUAAUUGAAGAAAGUAAGAAGCUUCUAAAACUGAAAUCUGAAAUGGAGGAAAAGGUAUACAGUUUGACGAGAGAGAGAGAUGAACUGAUAGGCAAACUGAAGAGUGAAGAAGAAAGAUCCUCAGAGUUAAGCUGCAGUGUUGAUUUAUUAAAGAAGAGACUGGAUGGUAUGGAGGAAGUGGAAAGAGAAAUCACAAGAGGAAGAUCUCGGAAAGGACCUGAGCUUACCUGCCCAGAAGAUAACAAGAUUAAGGAGCUAACGCUUGAAAUUGAGAGACUGAAGAAACGUCUCCAACAACUGGAGGUGGUUGAAGGGGAUUUGAUGAAGACAGAGGAUGAGUAUGAUCAGUUGGAGCAAAAAUUUAGAACCGAGCAGGAUAAGGCUAACUUCCUCUCCCAGCAGCUAGAAGAAAUCAAGCACCAAAUUGCCAAGAACAAAGCGAUAGAGAAAGGCGAGGUGGUGAGCCAGGAGGCUGAGCUGAGACACAGAUUUCGUUUGGAAGAGGCUAAAAGUCGAGACUUAAAAGCUGAAGUGCAAGCUCUUAAAGAGAAAAUUCACGAACUGAUGAACAAAGAAGAUCAACUCUCUCAGCUCCAAGUAGAUUACUCUGUCCUUCAACAAAGAUUUAUGGAAGAAGAAAGCAAGAACAAAAACAUGGGGCAAGAGGUCCUCAAUCUGACCAAAGAGUUGGAGCUCUCCAAGCGCUACAGCCGAGCUCUUAGGCCCAGUGUGAACGGAAGGAGGAUGGUGGAUGUUCCCGUGACCUCAACUGGAGUUCAGACUGACUCGGUCAGCAGUGAAGCUGCUGAGGAGGAAACGCCGGCAGUCUUCAUACGGAAGUCCUUUCAAGAAGAAAAUCAUAUCAUGAGUAAUCUUCGACAGGUGGGCUUGAAAAAGCCCGUGGAACGCUCCUCUGUGCUGGACAGGUAUCCUCCUGCGGCAAAUGAGCUCACUAUGAGAAAGUCUUGGAUUCCAUGGAUGAGAAAAAGGGAAAAUGGCCCCACAAUCACUCAGGAGAAAGGGCCUCGAACAAAUUCCAGCCCAGGGCACCCUGGAGAGCUCAUCCUUUCUCCAAAGCAGGGCCAACCCCUGCAUAUUCGAGUGACACCAGAUCAUGAGAACAGUACUGCGACUUUGGAGAUAACAAGCCCGACAUCUGAAGAAUUUUUUUCUAGUACCACUGUCAUUCCUACCUUAGGGAAUCAGAAACCAAGGAUAACCAUUAUUCCAUCACCCAACGUUAUGUCUCAAAAGCAGAAAAGUGGGGAUCCUACUGUUGGCACAGAACGAGCCAUGUCCCCUGUCACUAUCACUACAUUUUCCAGAGAGAAGACCCCAGAGAGUGGAAGAGGCGUGUUUGUGGACAGGCCCACGUCCCCCAUUCAGAUCAUGACAGUGUCUACUUCAGCAGCACCAGCUGAAAUUGCAGUUUCUCCUGAAUCCCAGGAAGUGCCCGUAGGAAGGACUAUCCUCAAAGUCACCCCAGAGAAACAGACUGUUCCCACUCCAGUACGGAAGUACAACUCCAAUGCCAAUAUUAUAACCACGGAAGACAAUAAAAUUCACAUUCACUUAGGUUCUCAGUAUAAACGAUCCCCUGGGACUUCAGCUGAAGGCGUGAAUCCAGUUAUUACCGUCCGGCCGGUCAGUGUGACAGCUGAAAAGGACGUUUCCACUGGCACCGUCCUUCGCUCUCCCAGGAACCAUCUGUCCUCACGACCUGGUGCGAGCAAAGUGACAAGCACUAUUACCAUCACGCCAGUCACAACCUCAUCCGCUCGAGGAACCCAGUCAGUGUCAGGACAGGACGGGUCAUCCCAGCGGCCUACACCCACCCGCAUUCCUAUGUCAAAAGAAAGCAUCAUCAUUCACCAGUUACGCAUGAACUCCAGAUGAAAUGGUAAACCAAGCACAUACUGGGUGUGUGCCCUUCCUCUGACUCCCUGUUGAAUGGAUAGUGUUUCAACAAAUCUCCGUCAUCACUACAGUCCUCCAUGCUACUGAUUUUUUUUUUUUUUUUGGAGAAUACGUGGAUAAUGUAAAAGGUGAAUGGCCUUGCUGAUAAUAUGAAAAUACAUGUAGCAAGAGCAAUUUAAACUUUGUGCCAGAAGAAAUUUCUCAAACUUUUGCAAAGGCUUCAGGUCUGUGGGCACAUGCUAUGUAAUUUAUUUUUAUAAUAUAUUUUGUAAUGUGAUUUUUUUUUCCCCUGAAGUGUUUCCUUUUUCAUAGUCUAUGGCACAUAUAUCUAUAGAAUACACUGUCAGGUUCUUCAAAGUAUUGGUAUUGUUGUGUUUAAAAUGGUAACCUAUAAUUAUUUUCUUUGUAUCAAUUUAUUAUUCCUAAAGAAGAGAAAGUACAACACUAAAUUUUCAGAGAUAAAUUCAACAGGUAAAACUUUGAAGCAGGAGAUUCUGGAAGGGGUUUUCUUAUUGCUUAUACAAUGCUAUGGUUCUAAUCAUGGUUCAAUACUUUACAAAUAAUGCUCUGCUUUUAAAUUUUUUUAAAUUUAAGAACUUUUAGAUACUUCAAACUAAUUUCUAAAGUUGCUCUUUUUGGUGUUCUGGGCCCCCAAACCCUGGAUGAAUUGAUUUUCAUAUGGAACAAGUUCAUAAAAGGAGAUGUACCAGUUUAACCAGUAAGGGUAUUAGGAACAGCUUCCACUGACAGUUCAAUUAUAUUUCUGUUUCCUUUACUUACAUGUACAAGACUUAUUAAGUACCGUGAUAUUUUAAGAUAUUUCUCACAAUUUAACCAAAUGAAAGCUCGAAUCAAAAAUAACUGACCUAGAUGUCAGCAUCUUUCAAAAAAUGAUAAAAGAAAUCCUAGAAUAACUUUUUUCUCUUGAUUUUGACAGAUUUUCAUAACCACAUGUAGGUUGGAGAAGAUAUUCUUUAAAGAUUAAAAGUGUAACGUGCAUAACUCAAAUCUUAACAUCAGAGCUCCUGUUAAAUUUAGGUUUAUGUGACAAUGUGCAUCCAAGGUCUACUUGAAACUCUAGUAAUGUAGGUUUUUUUUUUUUACAAGAGUUUAUAAAUGUGGAUAUGUUAUUAAUAAGGUCUUCAGAGAUAACUUUAAAGAUAAAUCAAAAGUCAACAUAACAGUUUCUGAAUACUUUCUGUAUUCAGAACCAUUUAUUAUGGAACUUCACUGAGAUUAAAGAGAGAAUGCUUCUGAGUGUCACAGGGUGGCUGAAAGCCACACAGGGAAUACUGUCGGCCGUUUCUCCAGUUCACAGGUUGUGUCUAGGUUUUUAAGUACACAAAAGGAGGCCUAUGUGAGUCUGGGGGAAAAGAAUAAUGCUGGAUUUCCACCCUCAUGUAACCUUGGAAAGUUUUAAGGUAUGUUUUGUGGAACUGACAAAUCAUACUCACCAUAUAUUAUCAUUAAAUAACUGUAUUUUACUUUAAAAUAAUUUUUGAUCUUUUAAAAUGAAAGAAAUGUUACAGUAGGCUUGCCCGAGCUUAAACGAUUAUGAAAGCAUCACCUAACCUUCUGGAGUUUUGAUUUCUGACAAAGAAAACUAGAGUGUGUAUGUGUGAAGAUUUAAAAAAUUUUUGUUACUGGGUUUUGUUUUCUGAAAAUGUGGAACUAUAAUCACAUUUUCAAUUAGAAAAUAGUUUUAUUUAGUAUUGUUUUAUUUUUUGACUCACAGUUAAGCUUGUUAGUUGCUAAGUUUAUACCUCUGAUGGCAAAAAAUUCUGAUAUAUCAUAGAUUAGUAUUUGAAUCUUUUUCUCAAUUUGUGAGAAUUUUAUUAUACUAAUAGUGAAAAGGUUAGAGAGUAAUAUUUUACACACUUCCUAACUACAAAUUAAAAUAUUAAAAGUAAUUUAUGUAUAUUUGGAUCUGAAGAGAUUUUUUUUCUCCUGAAUUUGUAAUGAAAUUUGGUUCUUGCAAGGACAGUGAGGAUGAUGAUACAAUCAGAGUCAUUUAGACGGAUGUUGAGAUUUUCUCUGUCCAUGUUAUGAUUAAGUCCUCUGUUUAAACCCAAAUGCAAUCUGAGUGACAGAUGGUUAAAAGGAAUCAGAUUAAUUUAAAAAUAUGAGCAAUACAAAAUGAACAGAAAAUAGAAAACACUGACUGGUUAUAUCCUGAUCGAGAUCAUAAAUAGUCAUGUCUCUAUCCAAUUGAAAAAACUGUCCACAUGAGCCAUCCUGGCACUAUCCUAGACUCACAUAACACCUGUAUCUUUCUAUAUCUAAUCUCCAAUCAUCGGUCUAACGAGAGUCAUUUUUGAUUAGAAUGAUUUUGCUUUCUGAAAUAUAAUUAUAAUCAGUAUUUCUAGGCCAAGGCACAGCAAUUGAACUAAUUGCUUUACCUUGUCUUUUUGAUGAGAGUGUUUUCUGAGGGAAUCUUCUGCAGAGAUUUUUUUCUCAUGUAUUUCAUAAAAUAGGUUUGAUAAAGAUAAUGAAAUAAAUACAUCAGAUGUCUGAUGCCUGGAAUAUUCAUAAAAUGUGAAUAAUUCUUUAUACCUAAGGACAACAAAAAUAUUCAUGGUGGAAGUUCUAGUUUACACUUUAAUGAAGAUGCCAAUAUUGAAAUAAUUAACACCUUAUAAAAAUCAAUUCCAGAGCAAGAGGAAAUGGUGUAUCAAGCAAUGUAAUGUUUUUGCCUUUUCUCCUAAAUCUGUGUUCAAAUCUUCCUGGAAAUGAAUUUUAAAAAUAGCAAGAUAGUGUGUGCUAAUAAAUCUGAUAAAUAACAAAUCUAAAAGUAGCAAAAGGCAGAAUGGAAGUUUAAAAAAACGUAAUAGGUACCUCAGGCAUAUGUCUUCCUAUGUACCCCAGUGUUAUGCCUCUCUUAAAAAUUCUAAGUAGAAGGCAAAGAGGGAAAACUAAAAAUUGCUGUAAUAAAUUUAUAAAAACUGAGAUGAUUUGGUAGAAUUCACUUUGGCCUAGUGACCAUUAAUUUUUUUUUCUUAAAUUUUCAGUAUUUACUCCCUAACUAUGUGAUACGACUGUUUGUUACCCAGGAGACAUGCUGUAGACUCACAAAUUUGAAGAGAAAUGUUUAUAGACGCCAUGACACAAUACAUUAUUUUCUGGCAUUGUUUUUUGUUUAUGUUACUUGGGGGAAUUUUACCUUACCAUCACAGGGUUUGUUAUUUUAAUAGUGCAGAACUGUAUUUAUUUAAUCUAGAUUUCGUUUUGGAAGUAUCAGGUAAAUUAGCUUCUCUAAUUUAAGAGGCUUACAAUGUGAUCUGAUAUUCUUAGAAUUCAGGUUUAAUGGAUUUUCAAGAGCAAGACAGUACAUUGAAAAAUUUUAGAAAUAUAUUCUAUUUUUUCUUACCAUUCUCAAUUUGUCUUCUUUAAGUUUUAUUAAGUACAUGAGAAGUUUGUUAUUUUCACUGAAGCCAAGUCAAUCUAUGGAUAUGUACUUGUCUUUUAUAUGAAUGUAAUUCCCUGCUUUCACAGGUAAUGGAAUUAUUUAACCAAUUAAGACACCUUUUGUGUUACUUCCAGUCAACUGUUUAUCAAAAUCUCACUAAAGUGUCAGAAAAAAACAAUUGUAACAUUAAAGCACUGUGCAAUAUUCUUUUUUGAGUUGGAACAUAAUAUUCAUAAAAUUAAAAUCAUUUAA